AGCUUUAUUCCAUUCGACCGUCUUGCUCAAACGAGGGAACCAAGAAACUUGGGGGCGAUGGCGGCAGUGGCAACGGCUAAUGGCUUACCUGUACUUUCGUCGCAAGCUUAUCUCGAGGGGAAAACUGUUUGGGAGACGAGGACGUUGGUCGCUGACCUCUGCAGGCAGUUCUACACACUCGGCUGGGUCUCUGGCACUGGCGGCAGCAUUACCAUCAAGGUACACGACGAUUCCAUUCCGAAGUCCGACCAGCUCAUCGUCAUGUCUCCCUCCGGAGUGCAGAAGGAAAGGAUGAUCCCCGAGGACAUGUAUGUGCUUUCCAGUGGUGGCGAUAUGCUGUCCACCCCUUGUGCGAAACCCUACCCUCAUAAGUCCCCCAAAUGUUCUGACUGCGCUUCUCUCUUCAUGAAGGCUUACCAAAUGCGCAAUGCUGGGGCAGUCAUUCAUAGCCAUGGGAUGGAGUCUUGUCUAGUAACGAUGAUCAAUCCCUUUUCAAAGGAGUUUCGUAUAACGCAUAUGGAGAUGAUAAAAGGAAUUCAAGGACAUGGUUAUUUUGAUGAGCUCGUGGUCCCAAUAAUUGAGAAUACUGCUUAUGAACGCGAGCUUACAGAAUCAUUGAGUGAUGCGAUUUCAGCAUAUCCGAAGGCAACUGCUGUGCUUGUACGGAAUCAUGGGAUAUAUGUCUGGGGAGAUUCUUGGAUAAGUGCCAAGACUCAGGCAGAGUGUUAUCAUUAUUUAUUUGAUGCUGCAAUUAAACUCCAUCAGUUGGGAAUUGACUGGAAAAUUCCAAGCCAUGGUCUUAUAAAAAAUGAAUCUUAUCAGAGUGGAAGCAAACGGAAGUUUAAUGUUUAUGCAAAUUCAGGACUUGCUGUACAAGCUUCCGUACCUUCAAGGAAAUUCAUUGUGCUUGAUAUUGAGGGGACAACAACGCCAAUAUCUUUCGUCACAGAAAUUCUUUUUCCCUAUGCUCGUGAUAAUGUGCGGAAGCAUUUGACAUCUACAUAUGACAGCUUGGAGACCAAAGAUGACAUUAAACUAUUGCGUGCCCAAGUUCUUGAUGACUUGGAGAAGGGUAUUGCAGGUUCUACACCCAUUCCACCUGACGAUACUGGGAAAGAAGAAGUGAUUGAGUCCUUAGUUGUCAAUGUUGAGGCAAUGAUAAAAGCUGACAGAAAAAUCACAGCACUAAAACAGUUGCAGGGACAUAUAUGGAGAACUGGCUAUGAAAAUAAUGAAUUGCAAGGUGUUGUUUUUGAUGAUGUUCCUGAAGCUCUUGAAAGGUGGCAUGCUAGUGGCAUCAAGAUUUACAUAUAUUCCAGUGGGAGUAGAGAGGCUCAGAGGCUUAUCUUUGGAAAUACAGCACACGGGGACUUGAGAAAGUAUUUAUGUGGAUUUUUUGACACUACUGUCGGGAACAAACGAGAAGCAAGGAGUUACUUUGAGAUAUCUCAAUCAGUUGGAGUAGAUAAGACAUCACAAAUCUUGUUUAUAACAGAUGUUUAUCAAGAAGCUGUUGCUGCGAAGGCUGCAGGGCUUGAAGUCAUACUCUCGAUUCGCCCAGGAAAUGCGUCACUACCAGAGAAUCAUGAAUUUAAAACCAUCACAUCCUUCGCAGAAAUAUGAUUUAUUUCCACUGGACAUCUUGGUUGAGGAAGAAGGAAAAACUUGUUUCCUGUAUACUCGGUAAUGUAAGAGCUUUUAGUAACCGCAAAUUUAUGUUUCUCAACCACAGUAUGUUAAUAAGAAGGCAACGACAAGGGCUUUAAGGAUCGAGUCGGCCGACCUAAAUUCAAGUUUGAACAAUUUUCAUAUUAUAUAAUGGAUAUAUUUAUAUGUCUUCCUGUAUGCA